AUGGGCCGGCAAGAACAGAUCCAAACGUGGCAGGAUAUGCCGCGACUUGAUUUGCAUUCGGACCCGGUUAAGGCCACACAAACGCACUUCUCCACGUCACAGCACCUUCAACACUUUCCGGUGUUUCCCCUAAAUCUCUGUGAUGACUAUCAGUCGAAUCCCACUGAUGGGUAUCAAUUACCACCAAAUACCUUCGAUUCAACGGAACUCUCUUUUCAGAAUGGCCUCAGCUUGCUUUCUUCUUGCGAGGAGCCCUAUCGUAUUGAAGAGCUACCGCCAGAUCAUCCGUCCUCAGCAUGUACCGAGUUCGAAGAUAGGGAUCGAUUCAUCAUCGAAGCUCGCGCGGAGAAACUGCCAUGGAAAUCUAUCUCAAAGGCGUACCAAGAUUGUUUUGGGGUGUCGAACGCUUCGACACCACAAGCCCUGGCGAUGAGAUUGUCUCGCCUCAAGAAAACGCACCCGGAGCUGCGAGCCGGGGGAGGUAAUGUCUCCCCAGUUGUCAAGGAAGCGAAAAAGGCAACAGCUCCCCAAGGCAGGAGAAGUCGACAGGCAGGUAAAAUGCAUACGUUUACCAUGAUAGGGGAGGAAAACAAAGAUGAACGAGCAGAGGAUGAAGAUACGGAUCCCCAUGAUCAUUCACAAGAAGUAUCAUCGACGGAUGCAGUCCUGGCCACGGAGAAACUGCUCAGUUUCCUUGUGCACCCGGAUGUUGAGCAUAUAGUGAGCCCGGAUGACUGCAUGGCGCUUGUCAGAAUCAAGAGCCGGCUUCGAAGCCAACUUGGAUUUGGCCAAGGGUAA